AGCGGGGCGCAGGUGGAGGAGUCUGUUCAGCAGCGCGCGGCUGGGGUCCCGGAGUCGGAAGACGGACGCGGCGGGCCGGGGCAAGGAGGGCGCCUGGGAGUGUCCAUCCCUUUUUCUCCGGUCCCCCAGGGGCGGCGGCGGCGGCCGCUGUCCGCGCAGCGACUGGGGCAGCCGCCGAGUUAGGAGGGCGGGGAGGAGACUGGAUGACGGUUGGUGCCUCCGGGCGGGUUUGGCAGCCCCCGAGGCAUGAAGAGACACACGGGGACUCUGCCGCGUGCAGCCCCCGCGGAGCCGCGCGGGAGCCGCAGGAGAGGCCUGGACGCUGCCGGGCAGACAAUUUGGGAGAAAUUUGGAGGAGAGGAUUGGGCCCUACAUAAGCAAAUGGUACGUGAACAAUACACCACAACAACACAAGGCACCAGCCUAGAGAGGCCGGAGAACCAAUGUGUCUACAACAUUGGUAUUUAUGGCUGGAGAAAGCGUUGCCUCUACCUGUUUGUCCUCCUCCUGCUUAUCGUCCUAGUUGUGAAUUUUGCUUUGACAAUUUGGAUUCUUAAAGUGAUGUGGUUUUCUCCAACUGGGAUGGGACAUUUACAUGUUACAAAAGAAGGACUUCGACUGGAAGGAGAGUCAGAAUUCUUAUUCCCUUUGUAUGCCAAAGAAAUUCACUCUAGAGUGGACUCAUCACUACUUCUACAGUCUACUCAUAAUGUGACUGUGAAUGCUCGCAAUUCAGAUGGUGAAGUCACAGGCAGAUUAAACGUGGGUCCUAAAAUGGUAGAAGUCCAUGGUCAGCAAUUUCAGAUCAACUCCAUAGAUGGCAAGCCACUUUUUACAGUGGAUGAAAAUGAAGUUGUAGUUGGUACAGAUAAACUUCGAAUCACAGGGCCAGAAGGGGCCAUUUUUGAACACUCUGUAGAGACACCCCUUGUCAGAGCAGAGGCUUUUAAAUCGCUUAGAUUGGAAUCACCAACUCGGUCUUUGAGCAUGGAUGCACCAAAAGGGAUUAAUAUUAAAGCACAAGCUGGCAAUAUUGAAGCUCUCUCUCAGAUGGAUAUCAAAUUGCAUAGCAGUGAAGGAGUGCUUCUGCUUGAUGCUGAAACUGUGCGGCUGCCCAAAUUGCCUGAAGGGACAAUUGGUGGAUCUGAUAGAUCUCAGGAACUCUAUGAGAUCUGUGUUUGUCCAGAUGGAAAGCUUUACUUGUCAGCAGCUGAAUUCUGCAUUGAAAAUACAUAGCUGUAUUAUGGAUGUUGUAAGAGGAAACCUACAGUUUUGACAUAGGUUAGGGGUUAGCUGGUACUUUUGCCACCUGGAAAGGUACAGGAAGUGGUUGCAGAUCAUCAGAAUGAAGAACAAAAUGAUAAAUCCUAUUGUACCUGACUGUGUGAUUAGAAUGUUUUCCAAAAGAAUGGGUAGUAUGUACAGAAAUUCUUACCACUCUAGGAACUUUAUGAAGAUUUUUUGUUGUAAGGUGAAAGACAGAGAAAUGGAAUAUACUGGUAUAAAAAUGCUGAUUAGAAAUUCGCCUCCCUUCUCACAGCCCUUCAGCAUUUUGUCUGUUUUUAUACAGCCUUAUGCAAAAGGAAACUGCAAAAAUUAACUGACAAAUUGCAUUGAAUAAACUUUAUACAUUUUAAUACAUUUUGAAAAGUUUCUCCUUUCAUGUUUACAUCAGAGUGAAUUACUGCUCAAGUCCAUUUUCCAGUUGUCUGUUCACUGGGACAUCUUCUCAAAAUCUCUUAAAUUUCAUUUUUUAACCCAUACAAAAUAUUGACUAACUAAACAAUGAAUUCCCUCCAAAAUAUAAUCUAGAAUUUGUUUUGUCAUCAGGUGAUGUUGCCUCUAAAAAAACCUUUAACUAUAAUAGGUGCAAAGGCACAGUUGGGCUCACAUGCUUUAGAAACAAACAAUGUAUCAGGACUGCUGUACUAACUAGCCACAGAUUUCUGCACUACCUCUGUUGGGAGCACAGCAGAGGAAAGGUAAGCCAAACGGGCAGGUAAACUGUUUUGUGGAGAAUGGUGGAGCUGACUGAGGAGUAUGUCACAUUCAGAGAAAGUAGUGCACAAGCCUGAUGCCAAGCUCAUGUUACAUACCUAAUGUUGAUAAGCUG